AAAAAAGUAGCCAGUUUCACCUAUGGUUGUCUCGACCCGACUAUGGUCACUCAGAUGGCCAAAUAUCUCGAUACCGUCUACGUCUCGGGCUGGCAAAGCUCCUCCACCGCCUCCUCCACCGACGAGCCGUCGCCGGACUUGGCUGACUAUCCUAUGAACACUGUCCCCAAUAAAGUCAACCAUCUCUUCAUGGCCCAGUUGUUCCAUGACCGGAAACAGCGCGAGGAACGCAUCACCACCCCGAAGGAGCAGCGCCACAAGGUGGCCAACAUCGAUUACCUACGCCCAAUCAUUGCGGACGCCGACACAGGCCAUGGGGGGUUGACCGCGGUCAUGAAGCUGACCAAGCUGUUCAUCGAACGGGGUGCGGCGGGUAUCCACAUUGAGGAUCAGGCUCCGGGCACCAAGAAGUGCGGUCACAUGGCCGGCAAGGUACUGGUGCCCAUCAGCGAGCACAUCAAUCGCUUGGUCGCUAUCCGUGCGCAAUCCGACAUUAUGGGCACGGAUCUUCUGGCCAUUGCCCGGACCGACUCCGAGGCCGCUACCCUCAUCACAUCCACUAUCGACUACCGAGACCAUAGCUUCAUCAUCGGCUCCACGAACCCCCAACUGCAGCCUCUGAACGACCUGAUGGUUGCGGCCGAGCAAGCCGGCAAGACCGGUGAUGAGCUUCAAGCGAUUGAAGACCAGUGGACCGCUCAAGCUGGCUUGAUGCUGUUCGACGAGGCCGUCAUCAAUGCCAUCAAUCAGGGCUCCCACGGCAACAAGCAAGCCGUGGUCGAGGACUAUCGGCGGCAGGUCAAGGGCAAGAGCAACCGCGAGGCCCGCGCGAUCGCCAAGAGCAUCACGGGCAUCGACAUCCACUGGGACUGGGACGCCCCCCGGACCCGCGAGGGCUUCUACCGGUACAAGGGUGGCACCCAGUGCGCGGUCAACCGCGCGGUCGCCUACGCCCCGUUUGCGGAUCUCAUCUGGAUGGAGAGCAAGCUUCCGGACUACGCCCAGGCGAAGGAGUUCGCCGACGGCGUGCACGCCGUCUGGCCCGAGCAAAAACUCGCGUAUAAUCUGUCCCCCUCCUUUAACUGGAAAAAGGCGAUGCCCCGCGACGAGCAGGAGACAUAUAUCCAACGCCUGGGUGCGCUGGGAUACUGCUGGCAGUUCAUCACCCUGGCGGGUCUGCACACUACAGCGCUGAUCACGGACCAAUUCGCCAAGGCGUACGCCAAGCAGGGCAUGCGUGCGUACGGCGAGUUGGUGCAGGAGCCCGAGAUCGAGCAGGGGGUCGACGUGGUGACGCACCAGAAGUGGAGCGGCGCCAAUUACAUUGAUAAUAUGUUGAAGAUGGUGACGGGUGGCAUUAGUAGCACUGCGGCCAUGGGUAAGGGUGUGACGGAGGACCAGUUCAAGCAUUGAUAUGGAUAGCGGGAGGCGAUGAAAUGAGGGAUGGUAGAUACCUUAGCAGAUUUGUUUUUACGUUCUAAGAAGCAUCCUUGUAUUUCUUUUCUAUCAUCGUCAGGGAGUUUUGGGUGGUCGUUGGCUCCCAGGCCUGUUCCAUGAGUCUGAGAGUAUCUUUAGGAGAAGAUCUGGCAUAGAACACCACCGAAUACCAUGCUCGGACUUAUUGUGUCUAUAGUAUAUACUUGCCGUGAUUUUGACAAGGACUAUGUACGGAGGAACACCAUGCACGCGGGACAAUUCAAC